GAUCCGUCUUCCACAGACAACGCCAUAUUGCACGAGAGAAUCAGGAAUUAGAACCACGCCAUUGUGAACAUCACGCUAUUUCUCGACUGUUUGCAUAAAUAACGAGUAAAAAAUUACUUAAAUGCAUGGACAACAUGUACAGUAAUAAUAUCGACCCUUGGGAGCCAGGGUAUGGACCUGAAAGAAGGGGACAUAAUUCAGAUUAUGAUUAUCGUAAUGAUUAUGGAAGUAGUAGGUCACCAGAUUAUGGAGAACAUCGAGAUAAUGACCAUCGUGACAGGGAUCAUCGUAGCCCAGAAUACAGAAAUCAUCGUGGCCGAGACAGAGACCGUGAAAGAGAUCGCUCAAGAGACAGAAGAGAUCGUAGCAGAGAUGACAGAGAUCGUAGCUACAGAGACAGAGAGGAUCGUUAUGGAAGACAAAGGGAUAGAGACUCUGUAGAAAGAGACAGAGAUCGGGAUCGUGAUCGCGAUAGAGAUAGAGACCGUUCUAGAAGAGACAGAGAUAGAGAUCGAGAUCGAGAUCGUAGAGGAAAACGGGAGGAAAGGGAUCGGGAUCGCGAUGAUGAUCAUAGCCGAGAAAGUAUGGAUUUUGAGCAUGACCAUGGACGUACUUAUGGUUCGUCCAUGGAAGGCAUCCACUACAAAUCUCAAUCUCCAAACAACACCAUAAUGAUUCGUGGGCUUGCUCAACAUAUUACAGAAAAUGACGUGCGGCAAGACAUCCUCAACUGUGGUCUCAUGCCCAAGGACAUCAGGCUUAUUCGUAAAAAGGAUACAGGUAACUAUCAUUAUUUUUGCAAAUUCAUUUCCCCUGAACCUAAUGUGCGAAUUAGUGCUUCGCGAGGUUUUGCAUUCGUCGAGUUUAACGCGACUCAGGAGGCCGCACGGUGGAUGGAGAUGAAACAGGUAGAAAGAAGUUCAGUCCAGAUACCCAACCGAUGCGUUGUACGCGUGCCACCGACGCCCCGUGGCGGCAAGGCACGGUAACGCAGCCCCUUGGCCUUCCCCAUGGCCAUGGCUGUGCACCUAUCAAAGGCUACUUCAAUCUACCGUACCUAAUUAUUUAUCUAGGAGUCCCCACAUACUUUGCAGACUUUUCUUAUAACUCGCUCGCAAUUCCGUCUAUUGGAUUAUAAAAAGUUACAUUAUAUUGAAAGGCCGCGACGCGUGCUUUUUACCUAUCCUCUAUCUAUCAUAAAAGUUUGUGGACUAACAAUGAAGAUCGGAGGAGGGUCAUUCCAAUCGUCUUAUACAUGCAAUGCAUAUAUUAUAUCCGGCAUGUCAAUUCAUUUGUAUACAAAUCACAUUUUGGCUACGUUCAUAAUAUUAAAUGCUUUCCUUUUACUUUAUUAUAUUAUUUAAGUCUGCUUUUACCAUUUUAAACUUUAUUCUCUCGAUGCAAUUAUUCAUUGACCAAGCAUUUUAAAAGAAUGACAAUUUUUAUGCACGAUAUUUCUCUUAUUCACGUGUAAAUUUGUAUGCAAGCAAAUCAUCGUAUGUUUGCUUGUUUCCACAAAUUCGAUUUUUCUUACAGAAAAAAUAAAUUUUCGCGCAUGUACAAAUAUACAUAUAGUCGGUCCGCAAGUCGUGUGGAAUGGCCCACGUUAUAAAACUACAUUUUCUUUAUUAUUCGUUCGAGACGGAAAGCUAUGAAGUAGAAAAAAAAAUAUCUAUAAUUUCGUCACCCAAGAAGAAAGUUUACGGGAUAAACAGCUGCUUUGAGAGGAUGUUGAACGGGAUAACACUGAAAUUCUCUGUUUCAGGGAGUACUAAUGCUGCAGGACCAAUAUCGUGCCUUGAUGCAGUACAGUAUACCGAAAGAUUGUCAUGUAGAUAAACCACCAGCAAAAAAUACCCAAGAUUGGCAUUGUGUCAAGUGCGGUGCACAUAAUUUCAAGAGACGGGAAACAUGUUUCAAGUGUUCUGCUUCUCGAGCAGAGAGCGAAGAAGGUGGAGAAGGUAGCGAUGAAAUUAGUCCUCAUCCUACGAACACUGUUCUACUUCGUGGAUUGGACGUAUUGACGACUGAAGAUUCGGUCUUGCAGGCAAUGAAAAAUCUUUCAUCAAUGCCAAUACGUAGCAUUCGCAUUGGACGCGAUUCUCUCACAAAUACAUCGAGAGGUGUAUGUUAUUUAGAAAUGGGCAACGUGGUGGAUGCCAUGUAUUUACAUACGGCCCUCACAAAACAGGGAUUGGUUGUAGAUGGUAGAAAAGUGGAAAUUACUUAUUGCAAACUUCAUCAAAUUAAUAAUACCAAUACGUGGAAAGGAAAUGACAACCAGCCACAAAGAUAUACUUUGGAUGAUGUUGCUCAAUUAGCAGAGUAUAGUGCUAAUUUGUACGCUAAAACACCUGCACAAAAAGCUCACUACCUUCAGUAUUAUACACAAUAUUAUCAGAAUCAAAUAAUGCAGGGAUCUGCAAUUACUUUGCCAUCUUUAAACCAGACUGAUCGAGUGAACGCAGCUGCAGCUGUGGCACAGUCUGCGAUACAACAAUUACAAGCGUCUAGAAAAUUAGGGGAUUCUGAAGAAAUGAAAAAUAGACCAACACCAACGGCACCAACUAGUACUGCUUUAGCAAGUGGAAGAGUACCCGCACAUGGCAGUGAUGGUAAAAUAUAUUCUGUACCAGAUGUUAGCACUUAUCAUUAUGAUGAGUCAUCAGGUUAUUAUUACGAUCCAAGUACGGGACUGUAUUAUGAUCCUAAUUCGCAAUACUAUUAUAAUAGCCACACACAACAAUUCUUAUAUUGGGAUGCUGAAUCUUUUUCAUACCAACCAGCAAAGACUGCUACAACUGUAACGCAGGCAACAGGAACGACUUCGAGUGGAACCACAAUAACAGCUACAGCAAGUAGUGCAGAUUCGACAAACACAAUUACUAAUCAAGCAACAACUUCAUCAAUUAUUACCGCGAUUCAAGAAACGUCGAAAGAGGAUGAAGCCAAGAAAAAGGACAGCAAACAAGAUAAAGUAAAAGUAGCAAAGAAAAUAGCAAAAGAUAUGGAACGUUGGGCAAAAACUUUGAACCAAAAGAAAGAGAACGCAAAGAGUAAUUGGAAUUCUGAAUUCGCUGGCGGUGAUGGCAAUCAAGGUGUUGGAAGCGGAGCUGCAGAUGCAGGAUACGCUAUUUUGGAAAAAAAAUCUCUUGCAAAUUCUUAUCAUGAAGAUGAAGAUCAAAGUGGAAAUAAUGGCUUGGUCGCUGCCUAUGGUGGCGGUAGUGAUACGGAAGAAGAAAUAGAAGAUGUACAGCAAGAAGAAAGGCAGCAUACAGAUUGGAGUAAAUUAGCAUGCUUGUUGUGUAAACGACAAUUUCCAAGUAAAGAAGCAUUACUUCGGCAUCAGCAGUUAUCUGAUCUUCAUAAACAAAAUUUGGAAAAUUGGUAUCAAGUACGUGGUUUAGAUCCAAAUGAUCCACAACAAAGAAACAACAAAUAUCGUGAUCGCGCUAAAGAAAGAAGAGCAAAAUAUGGUGAGCCAGAACCUCCACAACCUAAUAAACUUAAAGAAAAAUACUUAAAAACUAGAGUUGAAGAAAUAUCAGUAUCGUAUGAAGAACCAACAAGAGCUGGUAUUGGUUCAGAUAAUGUUGGUAAUAAACUUUUACAAAAAAUGGGGUGGAGUGAAGGAAUGGGUCUUGGUAAGUCAAACCAAGGUAGGACAAGUAUCAUUGAAGCUGAGAGAAGAGUUCCUACAGCUGGAUUAGGAGCAAAAUCAUCAUCGUAUAGUGCUUUACCGGGGGACACAUAUAAAGAUUGCGUAAAGAAAAUGAUGUACGCGCGUUAUCAGGAGUUAUCUGAUACAUAAUACAUUGAAUAUCAAUGAAAAUAGAUUUUAUAUAUAAAUAAGUACUUGCACUCAAUUUUUCAUAGAUAAAUAGGUAUGUAAUAUGCGUAUCAUCUGAAUAAUAUGCUUAUAGCAUACUGGUCAUUUAAGCGUGAUAAUUCAUUCUUGGGGAUAUACGGUUUUUUUUUUUUACAAUUUUUUUCCUCCUUUUUUGAUUUUUACAUUUUAGGAUUUUUAGGAAAUAGUAUGAACUAGCUAUUUUUAUUAUUAUAUAUCUUUUCAUUGAAUCAUAAUGUUAUUUAACGUGUUGAGAAAUAAAAAUGCUCUCAACUUUAUCUGUGUAAUCGGUUUGAAAUUUAUAAUACAAUAACAUGUAAUUAAUUUAACAAAAAUUAGAUAUUUAAGAAAGUACAUAUCCAAGAAUGUAUCACAAAUAUCAGUAACAAAAUAACAUUCAUACACUCACUAAGUAAUUUCCGUCUAACAAUAUGUGCACACAUACACUACUUCUCGUAAACGGCAUUGAAGCAUUAUGAAAUAUUUAAAAACAAUUAAUUUAUAUUAUUUCGUUUGAAUUUCAUAAUGUUUCUUUUAAUAAAAAUUAACAUUCUUAUGAUCCAGUGCAACUAAACCAUCAUUGAUGUAUAUCGUUACAAUGUAUUUAUUACAUUAUAUUGAUUUACAUUAAAUUUCAUAAUUCUUUUAUAAUGUAAUUGUCAAUUUCACGUACGUGUGUAAAUAUAUAUAUACAUAUAUGUAUAU